UGGAAAUGUUUUUAAGCCAGUGUACAGGGUAGGUUUUGAUAAGAGGAGUAUCAGCUGGCUUUAGUAAGAAUAACCUGCUUCUUUUUCCUCUACUAUUCAUUUACAAGGGGCAUCGACAAGAGGAUGGGUUUGCUAACAGGGGCUGCCCUUGGACUUGGGGCUGCAGCUAUCGGUGCCCCGCUCAUGCUGAGUGCCGUGGGGUUCACAGCUGUCGGCAUUGCUGCUGGAUCACUGGCAGCGAAGAUGAUGUCAGCCGCAGCCAUCGCCAGCGGGGGUGGUGUGGCCGCUGGAAGCCUCGUUGCCCUGGGGCAAUCCGCUGGGAUGGCAGGCCUUGGUGUCGCUACCAAAGCGGCGAUAACUGCCGCUGGUGCAGUGGUGGGGCUUCUGGUGUAAGAAAUAUCUGCAAAGGAGUUCACGACGUCAUUUAGAAGAGCAGACCUUAAAUACACAUCUGUGAACUAAGAAGCUUAUUUGCUGAUCAAAUCUGAAUAAAAUUUCACAAGUCUCUUCUUUCAAUUGGAUGAUUAUACAUACAUAAAGCUCCUAGCACUUAAAUAAAGAAGCAUUUGACACUCUCUGUUAUAAACUAUAUAGUUAGGGGUGGCUUUUAAAAAAAAUCGUUGGCAUUUGAAAUGUAUUGGAGCUUGCUUUUUGUAAAGGAAAAAUGGCAUCUCUUGGUCAUAUUAAACUUGGGUUUUCUUUUAUUUUAUUUACACUUGGAUAUUGGGACCUUCUCAGGCUUUUGAAAGGGGUUUUGUUGCAAUUAAGAGUUGAGAUGUGGAACGCCAAAUAUUAUAUAUAUUAAUUAUUCUUAAAAUCCCUGAGCUUUGUGUAGACUUUUUGCAGAUUAACUAGAUUAAAGAUGUUACUUAUUUGA